CCUGCAGUUCAGGAAGGAUGUCGUGCACGCGCACACGCGCUUGUCAGCAGAACAGAUGCAGCUCGCGCUCGCAGACGAACAUCACGCGCUCAUUCUGAAUUAAAGUGAAUAAAAACGUCCUCGGUACAAGACUGGAGUUAUUCGAGUUAAGAGUUAGAGCCAAGCGUCUCAAAUGGAGACAGAAGCCCUGGAUGUCCUACAGCGGGACGGAGGGCAGGGCAGUGCACCGGACAAGUUCAUGCCCCAGGAGAGUCAUGUCCACACGACACAACCACAGGCCACCCACAAACCUGACGUCACAGGUCCUGUCCCAGCUGAGAUUGUUGACAACGGAAGAAACGAGUCCCUGACAGACAGUGUCUCAACCAAUGAUGAUGCUUUACUGCUUCCUGACCACAUACCUACAAUUUCACGCAAAAUAGAGAAAGGCAACGUGAAGCCCAGUAUUCCCAGUGGCUCUGCUAUAAUUCGUAGUCCUCCGGCUUCUUCAUCAGGAGGAUCGACGCCUCGCCCGACAACACAACAGAAAUGCAACGGACAUGCAAAGUGCAAUGGACACAGAAAACACACACCCUCCACCUCCAAGAGCCAGCAGCGAUUCAAGGCUGAUGCCUCGCAGAUACAGAAAGUAGCUGGAGAUGACUGCUGUGCACACUGCAUCCUAGCGUGUCUGUUCUGCGAGGUGCUGUCGUGGUGUUCGGCCAUGGCUCAGUGUUUGGCCUGCGGUCUGGAGUGUGACGCUCUCUGCUGCUGUGGGGAAGCAGCCACCGGAGGUCUGGCCUGCUGUACUGAGGACACCUGCUCUGCCCUGCUGGAUUGUGGGAUAGCGGAGGACUGUUGCCAGUCUUCAGACUGUCUGGAGAUCUGUGUGGAAUGCUGCUCCAUCUGUUUCACUGCCUAACUGGAUUCUCAACAGACUGAUAUCAACUGUUCAAUAAACUGUAAGCGUUCGGUAUAUAUAUCAUUGUUAUCCCACAUUUUGUAUUUAUUUAGAAUGAAAAUGAAUUUGUUGCAUCAGUCAAAGUUGGACGUUUCUGUACGAGGCUACUCUCUGAAUUCUGACAGGCUUUAAAUCUGAAGUGUGUCAUUUUUUAAAUGCCUACAGAAUCCAUUUUUUUAUGUGAAAUAUUGCUUCGGUUAUUGGAGAAUCGACCAAUGGCGUUAGUUCAGGAAAUCUUUUUCAUUAUUGCAAUUCUGUUUGGUGACACUAGUGGCACAGGAAUGACACACUUCAUCUUUACCGGGGAAGAGCAAAAGAUUUAGACCACCGUUUGGAAGUUGGUAAGAUUGUGCAGCAAAACAAGAUUUUUGUCUUGUUUUCCAGUACAAAUAUCUAAACAAUGUUAAAUCAAGUUAUAUUUAUUUGAGAUGCAAAAUUACUUAAGGUAUUAGGUCUUAAGGUUAUUGUAUUUACCCACUGGCAGAUGAUAUUCUCUUGUUUUUGAUGAUUUCAGACAACAAGACUUAAUAUCUUGGGUUGCUUCUCAAGUAAAUGUUCAUGAUUUAAAAAAGUUAGAUAUUUGUAAUUGAAAACAACAUCAAAAUGUACUACUAUUUGUAAUAUGGAUGUUUCAAGUUUUUACUUGGUCACAAAAUACAGUAAAAACUGAAAAAAAACGAUUGUGAAAUAUUAUUACAGUUUAAAUUACAGUUUUCUAUUUGAAUAUAUUUCAAAAUAUAAUUUAUUCCUGUGAUACAACGCUGAAUUUUCAGCAUCAUUCCUUCAGUCUUCAGGCACAUGGUCUUCAGAAAUUAUUCUGAUAUUCUGAUUUGCUGCUUAAGAAACAUUUUGUUAUUAUCAAUGCUGAAAACAGUUGUGCUGCUUAACAUGUAUAUGUUUGAAGCCCUGACACUUGUUUAAGGAUUAUUUGAUGAACAGAACUUUUAAAACAACAGCAUUUAUAUAGCAAUUAAGUCUUUACUGUCACUUUUGAUACAUUUUAUGCAUCUUGCUGAGUAAAAGUAAUUUCUUUCUU